CCCUUCACUAUGCCCAAGUUGCUCGUCUUUCUUUUCUAUGCCUUUAACUACAUACUACCUCUAGUUGCUGCCGCGCAGCAGAUACCCGCAAGCUCUCUUGCUUCGCAAUAUUCACUCUCAACAAGCACUGUUUUCCCAUUUCCCUCAGCGACCCAGGCUUCCGCAGCCGCACAAUCUUUUAUAGUCUCCUCUUGGUCUCUGGGAAAAGGCCGCAUUCAGGACGGUCCUAAUAACCUCGCCUUCGUAAACGAUCCAUACCCUGAUAGCACUCCCACUGCGUCUUCUGGCCAAGUCUCUCCCAGUAGUCCCGUCUUGCAAGUCACAUACCCGGCUGGUAGUUAUUCCAAUGAUACAGGCGGCGCACAGCUCUACACGCUCUGGAAUUCUUCGGAUGGGUCUAAUUUUUCCUCCAUGCUGCUGUCCUACGAAGUUGCGUUCGAAGCUGGCUUUGAUUGGGUAAAAGGAGGGAAAUUACCAGGAUUGAGAGGAGGCUUAAAGUCUACUGGUUGCAGCGGAGGGAAUAAAGCAACUGGUCAAGAUUGCUUCAGUUUUAGAGUGAUGUGGCGGCCAAACGGAGCCGGAGAAGUAUACGCGUACAUUCCCAGCCCGGAUGGGUUGUGCUCAACAAAGGGCAUUGUUUGUAAUUCAGACUUUGGAAUUAGCAUUCAGCGAGGUUCUUUUAGUUUUGUGAGUGGCCAAUGGAACAAAAUUACCAUGCUUGUACAACUCAACAAUCCACCUGACGAAGCUAAUGGCAAUAUUCUUCUCUAUUACAAUGACCUUUUGGCUCUGAGCCAGCAAAAUUUGCAGAUCCGGAGCAAUUCUAGUCUAACUGCCAAUGGCUUUUAUCUAUCGACAUUUUUUGGAGGUUCCGACUCAAGCUGGGCCACCCCAAAUACCACCCAUACUUUUUUCCGUAACAUUCAGAUGUGGGGAAACGGAGCGUCGUCAAAUCUCACAGGCCAGCCGGUCAAAAGCGAUGCUCACCAUCAUGGCGGUUCAAUUACCACAUUGACCGCUGUCGUGAUGAUUGCCACCACACUUGUCGCCCUUUGCGUGUAAGCAGCGGCUACUUGUAACGUUCAGGCAUAAGGCUUGUAAUUUUUGUCAUUAUUUCUACCCUACGCAAGGACUUUUGCACGUAGAUAAUUUGUAGUACGCAUUGCUGGGACUUGUUGGAAUUCAUGUAAUAGGACCAAUUAUUCAUCAACAUGUGAACGAUUUGUCACC